AUGAACCGGAUUGCCACUAUUGUCUUUCUGGUGCAGCUGUUGCAAAAAGCAGAGGGGCAGGUCUUCCCAGGUGGUUGUUCCUUUGAUGAACACUACAGUAACUGUGGUUAUAGCGUGGCACUGGGGACCAAUGGAUUUACCUGGGAGCAGCUCAACACCUGGGAAAAGCCAACGAUGGAUCCUGCUGUCCCGACUGGUUCCUUCAUGAUGGUGAAUAGCUCUGGACGGGCAUCUGGGCAGAAAGCUCACUUGCUGUUGCCCACCUUGAAGGAAAAUGACACUCACUGCAUCGACUUUCACUACUACCUGUCUAGCAGAGACCGCUCCAGCCCUGGCUCGUUGAAUGUCUACGUGAAGGUUAACGGUGGACCACAGGGCAACCCCAUCUGGAAUGUGUCGGGGAUUGUUACUGAAGGUUGGGUGAAGGCAGAGCUUGCCAUCAGUACAUUCUGGCCACACUUUUAUCAGGUGAUAUUUGAAUCCGUGUCUUUGAAGGGACAUCCGGGGUACAUAGCUGUGGAUGAAGUCAGAGUCCUUGCCCAUCCAUGCAGAAAAGCGCCUCACUUCCUGCGGCUGCAGAAUGUGGAGGUCAACGUGGGACAGAAUGCAACAUUCCAGUGCAUCGCUGGGGGGAAGUGGUCUCAGCACGACAAACUCUGGCUCCAGCAGUGGAAUGGAAGGGACACCGCGUUAAUGGUCACCAGGGUGGUCAACCACAGACGGUUUUCUGCUACAGUCAGCGUAGCAGACACGUCUCAGCGCAGCAUCAGCAAAUACCGGUGUGUCAUUCGCUCGGAUGGUGGCUCUGGUGUUUCAAACUAUGCAGAAUUAAUUGUGAAAGAACCUCCCACGCCCAUUGCGCCCCCUGAACUGCUGGCUGUCGGCGCCACCUAUCUGUGGAUCAAACCCAACGCCAAUUCUAUCAUCGGAGAUGGGCCUAUAAUACUGAAGGAGGUGGAGUACCGUACAACCACUGGGAACUGGGCAGAAACACACAUCGUAGACUCCCCAAAUUACAAACUGUGGCACCUGGACCCCGAUGUGGAGUAUGAGAUCAGAGUGCUCCUCACCCGUCCUGGUGAAGGGGGCACAGGGCCCCCUGGGCCUCCACUCACGACAAGAACAAAAUGUGCAGAUCCAGUCCAUGGACCGCAGAGUAUGGAAGUUGUUGACAUCCGCUCCCGGCAGCUGACCUUGCAAUGGGAGCCCUUUGGUUACGCGGUGACCCGUUGCCACAGCUACAACCUAACAGUCCAGUACCAGUACGUGUUUAACCAGCAGAAGUACGAGGCAGAGGAACUCAUCCAGACAUCCUCACAUUAUACCUUGCGAGGCCUUCGGCCCUUCAUGACCAUCCGGUUGAGGCUAGCACUUUCUAAUCCAGAGGGCAAAAUGGAAAGCGAGGAGCUGGUGGUACAGACUGAAGAGGAUGUUCCUGGACCUGUUCCCCUAGAAUCUAUCCAAGGAGGACCCUUUGAAGAAAAGAUCUAUGUUCAGUGGAAGCCUCCAAAUGAGACCAAUGGUAUCAUUACACUCUAUGAGAUUACAUACAAAGCUGUUGGGUCCUUGGAUCCCAGUGCUGACUUGUCCAGCCAGAGGGGAAAGAUCUUCAAACUAAGGAAUGAAACUCACCACCUCUUUGUAGGGUUAUAUCCAGGGACUACCUAUUCGUUCACCAUCAAAGCCAGCACAGUGAAGGGCUUCGGGCCUCCCAUCACAACACGGAUCGCAACUAAAAUUUCAGCACCAUCUAUGCCUGAAUACGACACGGACUCCCCCUUGAAUGAAACGGACACUACCAUCACAGUCAUGUUGAAGCCUGCUCAGUCCCGUGGAGCACCUGUCAGUGUCUAUCAGCUUGUUGUCAAGGAAGAGAGGCUGCAGAAAGCACGGAGGGCUGCAGACAUCAUUGAGUGCUUCUCUGUUCCAGUGAGCUACAAGAAUGCUUCCAGCCUUGACUCACCCCAUUACUUUGCGGCCGAGCUGAAGCCCAUCAAUCUGCCCGUCACGCAGCCCUUUACAGUGGGCGACAACAAGACCUACAAUGGCUAUUGGAAUGCUCCACUCUCACCACUGAAAAGCUACAGCAUCUACUUCCAGGCUCUCAGCAAAGCAAACGGAGAGACCAAAAUCAACUGUGUCCGACUGGCGACAAAAGCAGUACUAGCUAGGCAACAGGUGACCACACGAAACCCGCCCAGCCUCUUGAGCACAGGAGCUUCCACCCAGAAUUCCAAUGCAGUGGAGCCCGAAAAGCAAGCUGACAACACAGUGAAAAUGGCUGGGGUUAUCGCUGGCCUUCUGAUGUUUGUUAUUAUCCUCUUAGGAGCAAUGCUCACCAUCAAAAGGAGAAGAAAUGCAUAUUCCUACUCCUAUUACUUGAAACUAGCGAAGAAGCAGAAGGAGACUCAAAGCAGCACUCAGAGAGAGAUGGGUCCCGUUGCUACUUCAGACAAGAACACCACCAAACUCAGUGCAGUUCACAAUGAAGAAGCUUUUUCUUCCAGCUGUCAAGAUGUUAAUGGAUUCACCUCAUCCUCUCCUUGUUCAUUUUCUGUCCAAAGCAAAACCCUUCAGAGCAAAUCUUUGUUGAAUUCCUACUACUCAGUAUCAUCAGACACUGUUCCAUCGACUGCGCUGCUAGAGAGCAGCCACGGGGAGAUGACCCAGCCAACUCUGACCAUCCAGACCCAUCCAUACAGGAGCUGUGAGCCAGUGGAAAUGUCCUACCCCAGGGGGCAGUUCCAACCAGCCAUCCGAGUGGCCGACUUGCUACAGCACAUCACCCAGAUGAAACGAGGACAAGGCUAUGGAUUUAAAGAGGAGUAUGAGGCUCUACCCGAGGGGCAGACGGCAUCUUGGGAUACGGCCAAGGAAGAUGAAAACCGCAAUAAGAAUAGAUAUGGGAACAUCAUCUCCUAUGAUCAUUCAAGAGUGAGACUGCAGCUGUUGGAUGGAGACCCUCACUCAGACUACAUAAACGCCAACUACAUAGAUGGAUACCACCGGCCUCGUCACUAUAUUGCAACUCAAGGUCCCAUGCAAGAGACGGUUAAGGAUUUCUGGAGAAUGAUUUGGCAGGAGAAUUCUGCAAGUGUUGUCAUGGUCACCAACCUGGUGGAAGUUGGCAGGGUAAAAUGUGUUAGAUACUGGCCAGAUGACACAGAGGUCUAUGGAGAUAUUAAAGUCACAUUAAUUGAGACAGAGCCAUUGGCAGAGUAUGUCAUACGCACAUUUACUGUACAAAAGAAAGGCUACCAUGAGAUCCGAGAGAUUCGGCAGUUCCACUUUACCAGCUGGCCAGACCACGGGGUUCCUUGCUAUGCCACAGGCCUCUUGGGCUUUGUUCGGCAGGUGAAGUUCCUCAAUCCGCCUGAGGCGGGGCCUAUAGUUGUGCACUGCAGCGCUGGUGCUGGAAGGACAGGGUGCUUUAUUGCCAUUGACAUCAUGCUUGACAUGGCAGAGAAUGAAGGUGUCGUAGACAUAUUUAACUGUGUGCGAGAGCUACGAUCCCAGAGGGUCAAUUUGGUACAGACAGAGGAGCAGUAUGUCUUUGUACAUGAUGCCAUUCUAGAGGCAUGUCUCUGUGGCAACACAGCAAUUCCGGUUUGUGAGUUCCGAUCCAUAUAUUACAACAUCAGCAGACUGGAUCCGCAGACAAAUUCCAGCCAGAUAAAAGAUGAAUUUCAGACCCUCAACAUUGUGACGCCGCGUGUUCGGCCAGAAGACUGCAGCAUUGGCCUCUUACCAAGAAACCAUGACAAAAAUCGCUGCAUGGAUGUGCUGCCCUUGGACCGGUGCCUCCCUUUCCUUAUCUCUGUAGAUGGCGAAUCGAGCAACUACAUCAACGCUGCACUCAUGGAUAGCCACAAGCAACCUGCUGCCUUUAUUGUUACCCAGCACCCUUUACCCAACACUGUACCAGAUUUCUGGAGGCUGGUGUUUGAUUACAACUGCUCCUCCAUAGUGAUGCUGAAUGAGAUGGAUGCUGCACAGCUCUGCAUGCAGUACUGGCCAGAGAAAACGUCCUGUUGUUAUGGUCCAAUCCAGGUGGAGUUUGUUUCAGCAGACAUUGAUGACGACAUCAUCAAUAGGAUAUUCCGUAUCUGCAACAUGGCCAGGCCCCAGGAUGGAUAUCGUAUAGUACAGCAUUUGCAGUACAUUGGCUGGCCAGCAUACCGGGACACCCCUCCAUCCAAACGCUCCCUCCUGAAGGUGGUCAGACGGCUAGAGAAAUGGCAGGAGCAGUACGAUGGGAGAGAUGGACGCACUGUUGUCCACUGCCUGAAUGGUGGUGGACGCAGUGGCACCUUCUGUGCCAUCUGCAGCGUGUGUGAAAUGAUUCAGCAGCAAAAUAUCAUUGACGUGUUCCACAUAGUGAAGACGUUACGAAAUAACAAAUCCAAUAUGGUGGAGUCACUGGAACAAUAUAAAUUUGUAUAUGAGGUUGCACUGGAAUACUUGAGUUCGUUUUAG